GCAGCUCCCUGUUAGCGCGUUACCACUGACUGAUUUAGUGUCAUUUUUUACGUGAUUUCAGAAUGAAAUGAUGGAUAACUCUCAACAAUACAGUUACACGAAUCUCCCGCCACCUCCCUUUAAUAACCCAGCGGGUUUAGACAGCGGAGUUUAUACAGGACCACCCCCAGUACCUCCACCACCCGGACCUGGGAACACAUGGAGCAUGUAUCAGCACCCACCACCGACGACAGCACAGCAUCAGUGGCCACCUUUCCCACCAGUGAACCCUGGUGGACUGUAUCCAGCCUUUGACCCCAGCAGACCACCUCCAACCCUUGAACCACCUCAAUACAAUGACAAACAACAGUGGACUCAAAACCAGUGGACUCCCCCAAACUCCCAUUUCAGGGGACACUUCCCACCAAACCAACAUUCAUAUCAGUCCAACAUCAGACCAGACACCACCAGCAACCAGAACUACCUAACUAACAGACCCUGGUCAGAUGACUACCAGGACCAAGCCAGAAGCAUCCCAGCAUUAGAUGAAGAAUCAAGGCAGAGGUUGAGAGAUGAGCAGUGGCUUCAGAGUUUCCUGCUUCAGAGAGGAAAACAUCAACCACUCGAGCUGCCAAAGCCUAAACUUUCAAUUUCUCAGUUUAAAAAGAAGCUAUAUGGGAGUGUUCACAUGGUGUCCGAGUUAAAUGCAAUGUGUCAGAUGUUGAAGGAGAACUUGGAGAGCGAAAGUGUUUGGACUGAAAUGCUCUCAAGAGCCAAAGAGUUGAAGAACAUCAUACAGGAGAGUAUGACCGACCUGAAGGACCCUGAGCUUUUCUGCAACAUCCAGAGGAAACUGCUGCUGAUCAGUAAGAAAAGAGCAAGAGUAAGGAGAAGAAAGAUAGAGGAAAGAGAGGAGAAGCAGGAACAAGAGGCUAGAAGAGCUGAACGCAAGGCAGAGGUUGAUAAAUGGCAGAUUAAACGCAUUCAAGAAGUGGAGGAGAAAAACAGGGAGAAAGAGUUAAAACUGGCGGCCGACGCUGUGCUUUCAGAGGUCAGAAAGAAACAAGCAGAUUCCAAGAGAAUGCAGGACAUACUUAAAUCCCUGGAAAAGCUGAGAAAACUUCGGAAAGAGGCUGCCGCCAGAAGAGGCCUGUUCCCAGAAAAGGAGAGUGAUGUGAUAUUUGAGGGUCAUCUGGAGCGUCUAAGGAGCCUGAUCCAAAAACGCACAGCUGUCUACGCGGUAGAGGAGAAAGCUUUGAGGGUAAUGCUAGAGGGCGAGCAGGAGGAAGAGCGGAAACGUGAUCGGGAGAAACGUCAGAAAAAAGAAAAGGAGAAGCUGUUGCAGAAGAAGAAAGAGGUCGAGUCGAUGCUGUUUGGGGCUGAAUUACCACCCGAUCAUCCUCUUCAGCCCUUCCACGAUUACUACACACAGGCCGAGCGCUCCCUUCCUGCGCUAAUACAAAUAAGGAGGGAAUGGGAUCAGUUCCUGGUUCCCGCAGAACACCCGGACGGUAGCGCUGUUCCUCAGGGAUGGGUUCUCCCUGACCAGCCCGCUGAUGACAUCUGGGCUACGGCUCUGGAGAAAUAACACUGCUUUAACCAAAUGACUAUUAUUUCAUCUAGGAAAAUAACCUUGAAAUUGGAUUAGACUUCCUCACCAGCUCCAGGAGUUUUUAAUUUUGUAUAUAUUCGAUAUGAAGGAUGAUCAGAAGGCCAUCAUGUGGACUGCAAAGUUGAUUACAUCACUUUUUCAUCCUGUGAUCUGCUUAGGACGCCUGGACUUGCUCCGUUGUUUGUAAAUAAAAUCAGAUCGAUUCACA